UUUUAUAUUUUAGUUGACUCAACCAGCUAGCAACUUAACUGGGAACUGCAAUUAACAUGAGUUAAAUUAUGUUCUCCAUAUAAUAGUAUAAAUAUUUUGGGUUUGAAUGAUUAUUGCAAAGAUUUAUGGAGAAGCCAAAGAGUAAUGGCUGUAAGGAUUAUUGAUGUCAUUAGAUGCAGUUCUGAAGACCCUUACAACCCAGCUUCAAAUUUAUUGCGGAAAUCAGCUGAUAGCAAGAAGUGGCUUUGUGCAAAAACAAACAAAUCGGAUAGGGUGGAAAUAGAAUUUCAGCUAGAGAAGGCUGUUUGCAUAUCAUUCAUUGAUCUUGGAAACUAUGGAUCACAUUCUGCAAAUAUAUUGGUGUCACACUCAAUGCGUUGCCAAGAAGAAUUUGUCACACUAAUUCCAAUGUUUAACUUUAUGAGCGUACAGGAAAGCAAGCAAGGUAUCAACAAAAUGAAGGUGAUGAUGUUUAAAAAAAUUAAUAUGAUGGCAGAUGUUAAAGAAAGAACCUGGGACAGGGUGAAAAUUGUAUGUAGACAACCUUACGCGAUAGGCAAGCAAUUUGGUUUAAGUUUUUUAUGCAUAAAGUCUAAUGAAGUGUCACCUCAAUCAGAAAAGCAAGAGGUUAACAACAAUCAGAAUCGACUAAACUCUUUUUUUGGCCUUUUUGAGGAAAGCCCAAAAGCCUUUCAACUUCCAAGGUCCAGUCCAGCCCAGAAAAACCGACUGGGAAGUUCUACAAAGUCAAAUUUAUUAAAACAUUCACCUGUGAAUGGAGAAAAUGGUGUAAUAGCUUCAAAAAAAUCCAAACCCAAAAUGAUAUCUCCUGCUGCUAAGGCUCAGUUUGCUGAAGAAGUUGAUUGCUUUCUAGACGAUAUUAAAUUUGAUGAAAUUCUAAAUAGAAGCGAAUUAAAAGUGUCAGACUUACGAGAAAGAAUUGAAAAUCAGAGAGGAGCUCCUCUGUCCAAGCAUCAAAAACGCAUGUUUAUGGAGAUGAUCACAGAAAAGCUAAAAAAUAACAAGCAUCUGCUUACAAAGAUGUCGAAGGAAUCCAAGAGUAAAGAUUCUAUCAAAUCUACUCCUCCUUUAAGUGACGAUGAUAUUGAUGACGUGGAAUGUUCAACCUGUCGUAUAAAAUUACCAGCAUCCAUCAUUUCUAUUCAUACUAAAAUUUGCGCUAAGAGAGCACCAACCGCCACAAGAGACACGACGAAAAACGCCCAAACAAACGCCACACAAAAUAAACAAAACCGAAACAGUCUGUGUUGGGAUAUGGGGAUUACUUCCGACGAAGAAAACGCUAAGUCAACAAGCAAAUGUAGCUUCAAUCAAGAGAAAACCUUGAAAAGUAGUGCUCCAAUAACAAGCUCGUUACAAUCACAAUGGUUAUCCGCGUCAUCUAACACCUGUGCGAGAAAAGAAUGGGUUAAUCGUGAAACGGAUUUGCUGCCUAUUCAGUUAUCUGACGAAGAAGAUCCGAUACCCUAUACAAUAAAGACGCCUGCAAAACGCAGCUCCUCAUCUUCUACUUUAAACUCUCCAAAUUCUAUUACCGAUAGUGCAAUGCAACACUUACUUCAUACCCCAACAGCUGAGAAUAUUUCUAUACCAUCCAGACGUUGUUCAUAUUCGGCCCGUGGCAAAAGAAAAGCAAGCGGUUCUUUUGCAGACAGAAGAAGACUAUCGUCUGUUGACAAUGCCUUGGAAAUCGUUUCUUUGGUGGACUCUCCACCUGGCGGAGGGAUUGUAAAUAAUAAGGUCAGUCGCACUAAAAAAUCAAACUAUAUUUCAUUAGAUAACGAACAGUCAACCGUGCAAAGUCGGACAAACACACUACAAAAAACAAAUGUUAAUAAAGUCAAGAAAUCAGAGGUGGAAUUAAACCAUGGAUUAAACAAAUUAAAAAAUUGCAAAAAAGUAGAAAAUACUUCAGACAUGGAAAAUAUCGACUGGAGUGCACCUAAAAGCGGAAUAACUAUGAAAAGUUUGUCAGCAAUUAAAACUAAAGAACAAAAUGAUACUACAGUUACUCAAGAAUGUCCUAUAUGCCUCAUGCAGAUUGAAAAAUAUCGCAUAGGUAUACACGCAUCAGUAUGCGAUGGUACCGCGUUGGACCCCAUACCACACACGAAUUACACUGAAGAAAACUCUUAUGAUAAUGUCAGGUUAGUUGAAUGUCCACUGUGCUCAAAAAUGCUCGAUGAGGAUAUUAUUCAAGUCCACGUUAACCAUUGUUUAGACUCAUCGUUUUAGUAACUUGUUUUUUAUGGUAGAAAUGCUGAUGUUCGUCGCAUAAGUAUUUUAUAUUAACUAUGAAAUCAUGUGGACAGAAAGCGAAAAAUCGAACGUUAUAUAUAUUAGGAACAGAAGGUCUUUUCAGUACAUUUGUUAUGACUGCAAGAUGUUUUAAUGUUAAUGCUGGAAAUUCUCGCAGGAAGGAAAUUUCUCUGUUAGAAAAAAAAACAUGGCUGCUGCGAUUUUAUGGAAUAAAAAAGUGUAACUUACAAAACUUUGGAAACCUGGUUUAUAUUUUGCAAACAAAUUAUUUCGUAAUUACAAGAAAGAUCUGACAUUAAUUUAGGUACACGCUCUUUCCAUUCAUGCCUCAUCUCAUCCUAAGUUUUUCGUUUUACUUCAAUUUUAUGUUCAUUUAAUUUUUAUUUUUAUUUUAUAUGUACAGAAAUUAGUAUCAAAGUGUGAAUAAAUAUUGAGUGUGACA